UACUGCAGGCUCCUCCUGCAAUCUGCCAAAGGAGAGCUUCCCUGCAAGAGGCAGAGGGGGAGGCUCGGGGCUCUGCCUCCUGCGCCCAACCUGCCCUUGCCUUGCCUUGCCUUGCCUUGCCUUCAGGAGGGACCCUGGCUCGCGAGGGCGGCACACGCAAGGCUCCCGCCUCCUGCCCUGCGCGCGCCUUCUUUCCCCCCGCCACCCGCCUCCUGCCCGGCGCCGCAGCUGCAGGUUGUUGGUGCUCCUGCCUGCCUGCCUGCCUGCCUGCCUCCCUUCCUUCUCUCUUCUCUGCCCUUCCUCAAACAAGGGUCCAUGGGCAGGAGUGUUCACGAUCUUUGAAGUCUGAGUGAGUUAAUAACUUAGCCCAUAACUGGCUACAAUAAAGGAUGGUGUAAGUGCAGAUCUUCCAGCGAGAUCCAACAUGGGCGCAAACACCUCGAGCAAGGCACCAGCAUUUAAUGAGAAUGAUGAUGUUACCUUUGACCACUUUGAAAUUUUGCGAGCCAUUGGGAAAGGCAGUUUUGGAAAGGUAUGCAUUGUUCAGAAGAAUGACACCAAGAAAAUGUAUGCCAUGAAAUAUAUGAACAAGCAGAAGUGUGUAGAGCGGAAUGAAGUGAGAAAUGUCUUCAAAGAACUACAGAUCAUGCAGGGGCUGGAGCAUCCUUUCCUUGUGAAUUUGUGGUAUUCAUUCCAGGAUGAAGAAGACAUGUUCAUGGUGGUUGACCUGCUUCUUGGAGGAGACUUGCGUUUUCACCUACAGCAAAAUGUCCGUUUCCAAGAGGAUACUGUAAAACUAUUCAUCUGUGAGUUAGCCUUGGCAUUGGACUAUCUUCAGAGCAAAAACAUUAUUCACAGAGACAUAAAGCCUGAUAACAUCUUGCUGGAUGAGCAUGGACAUGUGCACAUCACAGACUUCAAUAUUGCUACCGUGCUUAAGAAAGAUAUGCAGGUUACCACCAUUGCUGGGACAAAACCAUACAUGGCCCCUGAGAUGUUUAGUUCUACGAAACCUAUUGGCUAUUCCUAUGCUGUUGACUGGUGGUCAUUAGGCAUUACAGCCUAUGAACUUCUUAGAGGCCGGAGGCCAUACCACAUCCGCUCGAGUACAGCUGCAAAUGAAGUUGCCCAUGUGUUCAAGACGGCUACAGUAAUGUAUCCUGCUGCUUGGUCAAAGGAUAUGGUGUCAUUAAUUAAAAAGUUAUUGGAGAUAACCGCAGAGGAACGAUUUUCUCAGCUGAGUGAUAUCCAAGACUUUGCUUAUUUGGCUGAUAUCAACUGGGAUGCUGUUCUACAAAAGAGAAUAAUACCUGGAUUUCUUCCUACUAAAGGGAAGUUAAAUUGUGACCCAACCUUUGAACUUGAAGAAAUGAUCCUGGAAUCCAAACCACUUCAUAAAAAGAAGAAGCGCUUGGCUAAGAAGGAGAAGGAGAGCGGCAAAAACGAUUCCAUCCAGGCUUGUAACCUCCAGAAACACCUGGAAUCAAUCCAAAAAGACUUCAUCAUUUUCAACAGGGAAAAGAUGAGGCAACAGCAUAAUGAAAUGCAAGAGAACUUGAUGUUGACACAAACCAAAGACAACCAGGAAGAAGAUGACCAGAAUAAUAAUAUCUGAAAUCCAUUUGGCUUCUGCUCAGGUGCUGCUGUUGAAGGUCUAGGCUUCGACUUUAGCUACAUCCCGAAGGUUGACAAAUAAAACUUCACAUUGCUAGUAAGAACGGCAGACACUUGGAGCUAAAACCUAGGUGUCUCCUCCUAACAUAAGAAGUUAGGGCCUCGUUUCUUGCAAUAGUAUAUAAGGCAUAGGCUCUCAUUUUUAUGCCUUCGCCGAUGUUUAAGAAAAAGUUUGACCAUAUGGAAAAAAUCUGGUAUUUUUUCCUCAAUAGUAGAAGAUUAAAGACAUUCCUUGUUUUAUUUAUGUGGCUGCUGAGGAUUGGUGUCAGUCAACUGCCAAUAGGAAAAUUUACAAAGUUUUUAUUAUAUGUUUGCUAGUUGGAUGGUUCCUUAUUUUAAUGGACGUUGGAAAAAGAUGGGAAAACUGAAAAUGCAGUGCAAUAGUCUAAUGUCAAAACCAGCAUAUUCAAUACCAGUACUCUUCCAAUCUAAAAUUAUAUUCCAUUUAUGAGCUCACUAUAGAAAAGGGAAAUUACCUGUAGUUCUUUGCUUUGAGAUUUUUCCACUGUUGGCAGCAUGUAUAAUUUAACUUUAAAAAAUUAAUCCAGCAUACUUAUAAACAGGAGAAUCCACAUGUAAAGCCCUAGAGCUCCUACAUGAAGCAGAAAUUACUGAUAGCAUGAACAAACCUGAAAUAAAAUAUACUGAGAUCUUCUACUAGGACCUGCUUAGAAGUAGAAUUCACCAGCAAGUGCAAUAGACAAUCCAUCAUUGUAGGGAGAAGGCGGUGGGAUGAAAUGAUGCUAAACAUUUUAAAAGCUUGCAUCUAAGAAGAAUAGUUAUAGUGCUACUUACUCUAAAUAUUUGGGAAAUUACUGUGAUCAAUAUCAUAUGCUUGAUAUAAACUGUGAUUACUCUA